GUCAAGAGUCGAUCACAUCAAUCCCCCUCUACGAUUUUGCGAUCGUCUGUUUGAUUAUGUGCGCCAAAACGUCAUCCUCCAGAGUCCAGACUUCAAUCAGAACAUCUGUAGGCUGUUUACGGUUUUAGGAAUUAGAGUUUCAAAAUCCUCGCUCUCGAGCGAUGGAUGCUCAAGCAAAGAAGGCAUUAUAUCGUGCUAAAUUGAAAGCACAGAAGCAGGAUAAACGUAUUGACUCUCCUCUCGUAAGGUACAAUGAAUCUGACCAGCCCGUCUGUAGGGUUUGUGAUAUUGUUCUAAAAUCUGAGUCUGCUUGGAGUGCACAUCAAGUGUCUGCGAAACAUCGGGAGGCAAUUAAAAAUGUAAAAGCAAAUGCUGCAGCAGCUAGUAGGGUUAACAAUGCGAAGUCAGGGGCUUCUACAGAAUUUGAUAAACCUAAAGCAGAGGUUCCUGCUGAGUCGUAUAAAGUUCAAAGUGGACCACCUCAAGCGAAGUCCCAAUCUGUACUUCCUUCUGAUUUCUUUGAUAAGCCUGAGACGAAGAGGCAAAAGAAUGAAAUUACUAAUGCAAAGCCGAUGGACAAUGAUAAAAAGAAAAAGGUGUUGGGUUCUGCUGAACCUCAAGUUACAUAUGCAAUUGAUGGGGAAAACAAAAGAGGUGAAGUCUAUAGUGCCAAAGUUGUAGAGACAAUGGGCGAGGAGAUUCAGGCUUCUCAAACACGAGCUCUUCCUGAAGGUUUCUUUGAUGAUAAAGAUGCUGAUCUACGUGCACGUGGAAUUACGCCUGUUAAGCUAGAUAUCACAGAUGAGUACAAGGAGUUUGAGAAGUCGAUACAAGGGGACUUGAAGGAGGUAGAGAACCGGAUGGAAGAAGAGGAGUAUGAUGCAGCUGAGAUGAUUGAAGAGGCGGAAACUGUAGAGCAAACGGCUUGCAGGGAGAGAGUGGAAAUAUUCAAGAGGAAAAGAUUGGAGCUGAAGGCUGCUAGGUCUGGCGACCGCAAUGGAGUUCCUCAAGUGGUGGAGAAAGAAAGUAACCGGGAUGAGUCCUCAAGUGAUGAGGAUAGUGAUGAUGCUGUUGACUGGAGAGCCAAACAUUUGUAAUUUCACUCACUGUCGUUUUGCAGAUCCAAUUAGUAUAUUCUAGUGGUCGAUCAUGAAGAUGAUUGCUAUAGCACAAUACAUUUCCAAGAGGGUCUUCUGCUUUCAAGCAACUUUAUAGUCGAUUAUGAUCAUCAUAUGUUUUGAAGCAUCCUUGUUGAACAGGUACAUCAGUCCUUGUAUAUGAUUUGUACCUUGCACAUUCGUACUUGUUAUGUGAUGCUCAUUUUUCUGGU